UCCACGGAGAGCAUUCUGGGCCACCAAGUGAGAGGGACUCAGAUGAGGAGCCAGGGUCCGAGACUGGCCAGGUGGUUACCCUAGGACGCGGUACCAGGAGCGUCAGACCCUGAAGAGGCGGCUGGGCACCCAUCAGGCUGCCCCAGAGCCCGAGAAAGGAGGGCUCGGAGCUACCUACCCUCCCCUGCACAUGCCCGGCAGCAGGACGACUCCCUGCGUGUGGGAGGAUGUUUUCCUCUGACUUGCUGCUGCGCUGAGACCUUUGGCCCAGUUUAGGCAGCCAGCUGAGCCCUGAUACGCAGGGGCGUGACCUCCGGGGGCAGCAGUCUGGGGCUCUAUAAAGCCGGAUGGGGCACCUCUCCCCAGGACUGGCUGUGAACUGCCGGCUCUCUGCUCGCUCCUCUGAAAAUGCAGCGGCUGCUGACUCCCGCCAAGCGGGUCUUGCAACUGACGAGGGUGCUCCAGGGAGCACCUGCCGUGCUUGCCCGCCUUCUCCCCGCCGCCGCGCAUCACAGGUUUUCUACAUUCCCUGCUGUCCCCUUGGCCAAAACGAACACGUGGCCAAAGGAUGUGGGCAUCCUGGCCCUGGAGGUGUACUUCCCAGCCCAGUACGUGGACCAAACCGACCUGGAGAAGUAUAACAACGUGGAAGCAGGGAGGUACACGGUGGGCUUGGGCCAGACCCACAUGGGCUUCUGCUCCGUCAAGGAGGACAUCAACUCUCUGUGCCUGACGGUGGUGCAGCAGCUGAUGGAGCGCACGGAGCUCCCCUGGGACUCGGUGGGCCGGCUGGAAGUGGGCACGGAGACCAUCAUCGACAAGUCCAAGGCCGUCAAAACAGUGCUCAUGGAGCUCUUCCAGGACUCGGGCAACACGGACAUCGAGGGCAUCGACACCACCAAUGCCUGCUACGGGGGCACCGCCUCUCUCUUCAACGCGGCCAACUGGAUGGAGUCCAGCUCCUGGGAUGGUCGCUAUGCCAUGGUGGUCUGUGGAGACAUCGCAGUGUAUCCCAGCGGCAACGCCCGCCCCACAGGGGGGGCCGGAGCCGUGGCAAUGCUGAUCGGGCCCGAGGCCCCGCUGGUGCUUGAGAGAGGGCUUCGGGGAACCCACAUGGAGAACGUGUACGAUUUCUAUAAACCAGAUGGGGCUUCGGAAUACCCAAUGGUGGACGGGAAGCUCUCCAUCCAGUGCUACAUUCGGGCCUUGGACCGGUGCUACACAGUCUACCGCCAGAAAAUCCAGAACCAGUGGAAACAAGCUGGCAACGACCGAACCUUCACUCUGGAUGACUUACAGUUCAUGAUCUUCCACUCACCCUUCUGCAAGUUGGUCCAGAAAUCGCUGGCUCGCCUGAUGUACAAUGACUUCCUGUCGGCCAGCAGCGACACUCAGAGCAGCCACUACAAGGGGCUGGAGGCCUUCCGGGGGCUAAAGCUGGAAGACACCUACACCAACAAGGACCUGGACAAAGCUCUCCUGAAGGCCUCUCUGGACACGUUCAACAAGAAGACCAAGGCCUCUCUUUACCUCUCCACGCACAAUGGGAACACGUACACCUCCUCCCUGUAUGGGUGCCUGGCCUCACUUCUGUCCCAUCACUCUGCCCAAGACUUGGCCGGCUCCAGGAUCGGCGCCUUCUCCUACGGCUCAGGCUUGGCAGCAAGUUUCUUCUCAUUUCGCGCCUCCCAGGAUGCUUCUCCAGGCUCGCCGCUGGAAAAGCUGGUGUCUAGUCUGUCAGACCUGCCAAAACGCCUGGCCUCCCGGAAGCGCAUGUCUCCCGAGGAGUUCACGAAAAUAAUGGACCAAAGAGAACAAUUCUUCCACAAGGUGAAUUUCUCACCCCCUGCUGACACAACCAGCCUUUUCCCAGGCACCUGGUACCUGGAGAGAGUGGAUGAGCUGUAUCGCCGAAAGUAUGCCCGGUGUCCGGUCUGAAGGUGCUCCACGGAGUGGGCCCUGGGACAAAUACACUAGCACAGCUUUUGCCCACGAAUCACGUAAGAACAAACCAACCAACCACCCACUCUUAGCUGGUACCUAGAAUGGACUGGACACGCCGUCUCCGUCGGCCCUGGCCCUGUGGAGUGACAGCCCCCCUCCGGGGCCCCCCGGGCCUUCUCCUGCCGCCUCACCGUCAGGCGCUGUGCGCUGUGGGCCGGGGCCCUUCGUGGGAAAGAGCGAUGGAGGGAGGCCUAGCCGGACCUCCUGCAACGUGGCAGAUCCUCGUCUCCAGACCCAGAUGACUUGUCUGUCAUCGGUUAUAGCUCUGUUUUUAUUACUAUUACAUUCCUGUGCUGU